AAUGCAUAAACUCUCACUAAAAACAAUAUUUUUUUUUUUCUUUUUACUCGAUUCGCACUCUAAUGGUUUCCCCAAUCUCAUUCACUUUUCAUAAUUUCCAUACAAAAAUCCCAAAAUCAAAUUUCCCAAUAUUUCAUUUACAGCGCAGCCUCACUACCUGUCUGCUACGCAAAUCAUCAAAUUCCCUUCGAGCAAACCAAAAGAGUAAAAACUUGUAGUUGACUAUUAGGAGCGUAGUGAGCUGAAUUGCGUUACUCCAAAUACAAAAAGAAAAGAAAAAAAUAUUUUGUGUAGAAAAAUUAACUUGUAGAUAAAAAAUUUAAAAAAAAUAUAUACAUAUAUUAUACAUUUAUAAAGUAUCUGAAACUUCUAUCUCGUAAGAAAAUAAUCAAAUAUUCUCACUAUACUCAUUCCCUGGAAUAAUUAAUUUACCAUAUAGCAAUAAUUUAAACCCUAAAGUAGACCACUUCAAAAAAAUAUAGUUACUUUCUCUGAAAAAUCGUUAAAAAUGGAAAAGUGAAAACCGUAAAGAGAAAAAAAAAGGAUUUUUUUUUGUUCUUAUUGUUCGUGUACGCGCAUAAUGUAGGUUAGAAAGGAGUGGUAUAACCAUUAACCAUUCGUUCUUGUUCUUUCACUUUUCGCCAUGUAUGCAAUUGUGGUGUCCGUUUCUUGGUGUUUUCCCAUCCUAAAAAGUCCUUUGCUGCUUCUUUUGCUGUUGGCCAAUUACAAAGAGGUGGAUUAAAAAAUUUAAAAUUUAAGCAAUCGGGAGAAUUAGAAACCAAGUUCUAGAAUUGAACAACGUAUUCCUUGAAUUCGUGAUUAGCGUGGGAUAAAAUAUCGACCUUAAACGGAUACGUAUUUUUUUUUAUUCGCGAAAAGUAUAGAAUGUCAUAUGCGUGACCUAAGUGAAUGAACAAAAAUUGUGGUUAAUAUAUUAUAAUCAAUUUUGAAGGGCUUAAAGGGAAUAAAUAUAUAUAUAUAUGUAUAUAUAUAAAUAAAUGGAUGGAUAUAUAAAUAUGUCUAUACACAUGCAUAUAUAGUGAAUGUGUAAAAAAAAAAUUGCAAGUGUGUGCAUCAGAGAAGCUAUCUAGAUGAAUUAAAUAAGAAUUAAUUAUACAAUGUAAAUCGCUUUUCCUCGCACAAGUCACCAACAAAAUAAGGGGUUGUUGCUUACACAACAACACGACACGACACACAUCCCCCCAUUAAAGAAUAAGAGACAGUGUGACCCAGUCACCCAGUGAACUAGCGAUAGUGUAAGUUGGCAGUUGGAUUGAAAAUGAACAACGUCCCACUGCUCAGAUGACCAUAAUAAAUCUGAUUUACCAGAAUACCCGUUUCCACUUGAGUUUGAGAGUUGAGAGAACCAGUAGCAGAAGCAGAAGCGAAAUAAGGGUUGCAGAACGGUGACCAGUUGCUGCUUUAAGGAGCAUGCUUGUAACUGUAAAUACAACAUUGUUAACAUGACAUGUCUUUAAAUACAAUCUCAACACAUUGAUAGUAAAAUUGUUAAUUACAGUUUGGAGAAAAAGAAGAAUGAAAAAUGAAAAAUUAACAUUGGCAGUAAAAUUAAGUUUUGUUAAUUAAAAUGAAAGAUUUCAAACCAACUAGAAGAAUUUCAACAAAAGACUUCGAAAUGGAUGAACAUAAAAGUGUUGACAAGUAAAGUGCAUUUAUAUGUAACAACGGUUAGAAACAUAACAGCGUAAAUUUACAAUGCCGGGAGGAAGGAGAGGACUGGUUGCACCUCAAAACACAUUUUUAGAAAAUAUUAUCAGACGAUCAAAUUCACAGCCGGACAGUUCCUUUCUGUUGGCCAAUGCUCAAAUUGUGGACUUUCCAAUUGUUUAUUGCAAUGAAUCCUUUUGCAAAAUUAGCGGUUAUAACCGUGCUGAGGUUAUGCAGAAAUCGUGCAGAUGUGGCUUCAUGUAUGGUGAGCUGACAGACAAGGAAACGGUAGCACGUCUCGAAUACACUUUGGAAAACCAGCAACAAGAUCAAUUUGAAAUUUUGCUGUACAAAAAAAAUAAAACGCCAUUAUGGCUAUUGUUGCAAGUGGCUCCAAUUCGGAACGAGCGGGAUUUGGUGGUACUUUUUUUGUUGACUUUUCGCGACAUUACAGCACUGAAACAACCAAUCGACAGCGAAGAUACAAAAGGAGAACUUUUUGAUAUUUACUCUAAAGUUUUAGGUCUUUCCAAAUUUGCCAAGCUGGCUAGAUCAGUAACUCGAAGUCGUCAAUUUAGUGCCCAUUUGCCAACAAUGAAAGAUCCGACGAAGCAAUCAAACUUAGCUCAUAUGAUGUCGCUAAGUGCUGAUAUUAUGCCACAAUACAGACAAGAAGCUCCUAAAACACCACCGCACAUUUUGUUACAUUAUUGUGCAUUUAAAGCAAUUUGGGAUUGGGUGAUAUUAUGUUUAACAUUUUAUACUGCUAUUAUGGUACCAUACAAUGUAGCUUUUAAGAAUAAGACCUCAGAAGACGUUUCAUUGUUAGUAGUGGACUCAAUUGUAGAUGUAAUAUUCUUUAUAGACAUUGUUUUAAAUUUUCACACAACUUUCGUUGGACCCGGUGGCGAAGUGGUCAGCGAUCCAAAAGUCAUACGCAUGAAUUACCUUAAGUCCUGGUUUAUUAUUGAUUUACUCAGCUGUCUGCCUUAUGAUGUGUUUAAUGCUUUCGAUCGCGACGAAGAUGGUAUUGGUUCACUGUUCAGUGCACUCAAAGUUGUGCGACUUUUACGUUUGGGACGUGUUGUUCGAAAGCUUGAUCGUUAUCUGGAGUAUGGCGCUGCUAUGCUUAUUUUGCUUUUAUGUUUUUACAUGCUGGUUGCACAUUGGCUUGCAUGUAUCUGGUAUUCAAUUGGAAGAAGUGAUGCUGACAAUGGAAUUCAAUAUAGCUGGCUAUGGAAAUUGGCAAAUGUUACACAAAGUCCGUACUCUUACGUUUGGGCUAGCAACGAAACAGGUCCGGAGUUGAUUAAUGGCCCGUCAAGAAAGAGUAUGUAUGUAACGGCAUUGUAUUUCACAAUGACCUGUAUGACAUCGGUUGGCUUUGGAAAUGUUGCCGCUGAGACGGACAACGAGAAGGUGUUCACCAUCUGCAUGAUGAUAAUUGCAGCUCUUUUAUACGCCACCAUUUUCGGUCAUGUUACGACCAUCAUUCAGCAAAUGACAUCAGCCACCGCUAAAUAUCACGACAUGCUGAAUAAUGUCCGGGAAUUUAUGAAACUUCAUGAAGUCCCCAAAGCUCUUAGUGAACGUGUUAUGGACUAUGUUGUUUCCACAUGGGCAAUGACAAAAGGACUUGAUACCGAAAAGCAGGUAUUAAACUACUGUCCAAAAGACAUGAAAGCAGAUAUUUGUGUUCAUCUUAAUAGAAAAGUUUUCAAUGAACACCCAGCAUUUCGACUUGCUUCGGAUGGAUGUCUUCGGGCGUUAGCCAUGCAUUUUAUGAUGUCACAUUCAGCGCCAGGUGAUUUGCUAUAUCAUACUGGAGAGAGCAUAGACAGUCUGUGUUUUAUUGUAACCGGAAGCUUGGAGGUUAUACAAGAUGAUGAAGUGGUUGCUAUCUUAGGAAAAGGAGACGUCUUUGGCGAUCAGUUCUGGAAAGAUUCAGCUGUUGGACAGAGUGCGGCAAAUGUACGAGCGUUAACUUAUUGUGAUUUGCAUGCGAUAAAACGAGACAAAUUGCUUGAGGUCUUAGAUUUUUAUUCAGCUUUUGCAAAUAGCUUUGCCAGAAAUCUCGUGCUAACGUAUAACUUAAGGCAUCGAUUGAUAUUCCGAAAAGUUGCCGACGUCAAACGAGAAAAGGAAUUAGCUGAACGGCGCAAAAAUGAACCACAGUUACCUCAGAAUCAAGAUCAUUUAGUGCGGAAAAUAUUUUCCAAAUUUAGAAGAACUCCACAGGUGCAAGCUGGUGUUAAAGAAAUAGUAUCAGGACCAAGUGAUGUCGAGAAAGGUGAUGGAGAUGUUGAACGAACAAAGAAGCUACCAGCUAAACUAACACUAACCGAGGACUCACGCGUCAUAACAACAUCAGGAGUUCCUUCGCAAUCACCAUCCCCAUCAUCUGGCCCACCGUCUGCACGUAGUACUCGCGCUAGUAAAUGGGGUCGUCUACUGGGUAGUUCGAGUGUUGAUUCUGCAAGUGAUACAAGCACGAAAGUAGCUGUCUCAAGAAGUCUAAGCGCCCGCGAGAGCCUGCGAGAAAGUACUGCUCAAGGACGGCAGAGCAGCACAUCGAGUAGUAAUGGCGGCCAAGGGAACAAAGUGUUUCCGAAGGCGCCUAAGCUGCAGGCCAGUCAAGCCACCUUAGCCCGCCAAGAUACAAUCGAUGAAGGUGGCGAGGUGGACUCCUCAUCACCACCGAGUCGCGAUAGUCGCUUGGAUGCAGCUAAAGAACGCAACCUAGCUUUAGAGCGUGAACGUCAGAUCGAAAUGGCUUCAUCACGCGCCACCACCUCGGACACGUACGAUACUGGCCUUCGCGAACAGCCCCCUACACUCGCUCAACGUGAUCUCAUUGCUACCGUGUUGGAUCUCAAAGUGGACGUUCGGCUGGAAAUGCAACGAAUGUCGCAACGCAUUGGACGAAUCGAAGAUAUGCUUGGCGAAGUUAUCAAGCGGUUAUCGUCUCACGAUUCCUCGGGUCAAACAACACCUGGAGAAGGUGUUUUAUGCGCAAUUGAAGGUUUUCCAACUUCCACCCUAACCGUUUCUGGAAUUCCGUCAAGUACAGCAACUAUUGAUACUGUGAUAACCAUUUCCGCAGCGACCGGGGCGACAGUGAGUGCAGUUGGGGGUGGUGGCAGCAGUGGUGGAGUAUUGCCUCCGACGUCUACAGCUGCUACUGCUUCAAGUUCUAGCGCACUUAAUGUAGCCACUUCACCAUCAACUGGUCAGCUAAGUUUAUUGAAUACAGGCGCGUCUAGCCCUGGCGGCAACGGGCUAGGACCUAUGAUCCUCAAGAAGCGACGUUCUAAAAGCAGAAAAGCACCAGCGCCUCCUAAGCAAUCAUCACAAACAAUUCCCGAACAAGUUCGACUUCUCGAUGCAGAGCUCAUUGGUUUAAGCGAAAAGAAGACAUCUCCAACAUCCACAACAACACCUACGUCCGGUCAACCCUCCCAACCAUCUUAUUCCGGAUCAGCAGCUGCACCAAGUGGUUCUUCUUCAAGUAGUGGCGGUGGCGGUGGUGGAGGACGAUCCAAACGAGAGUUUCUUUAGCCAAAAAUUUUGGUGCGCCAUCAAUCGGAUAACAGUAAUAACGAGCAGUAGAAUUUCUAGGCUCUUAAUCUGAUGGCGCGCGUCUUUUGGUUAUUCUUUAUAAUUCAUCUGUAAAUACACAGCACGCAUGGAAAGGAGUUUUUACAUAAACAAAUUUGUGAUAUUUGUUAUCAAUUUAGACGAAAAAAAAACGACAACAAGAACAACAAAAUUAAUACAAACAAAAAUUAGAACAAAGGUAACAAGUUGUAUAGUUCAGUUUCACACACUAUCGAAUUAAUCAAUAAUGCUAAUUUUAGUAAUAACUCUUACAUUAGAAAAAAGUAUUGGCUUGCAGAAAUAGAAAUAAGUUAUGUGUAGAAAAAUAACUUCACAUUAAGUGGGACAGUUUUUUUUUAUUUCUAAUUAUGUGAAGUUAUUUUGCGAAGAGAAUUCGACAAAGAAAAAAGUUAGCACCGUGAGUAGCAGUAAAAAUGUGUAAACAUCAAAUGGUUAAAGGAUAAGCAUACUGUAGUUGGAUCAAGGUUAGUCGCUCACUUGCUUGGUUUUUAAAAUGAAACACAUGAGCUUGUGUGGGACCACGUGCACAUGCAAAACUUUUUAGUCGUUCAUUUGAUCAACUAAAUCACCCCUAUUACGAUUGUCAACUAUCAAUUGAUAGUUGAUAAAUACUGAAAUUUGGUGUUUUAAAAUCUAAUUAGGGGGAAAACUGGUAAUUUUUGUAAUGGAAUUUUUCAAUUACAUUUCAAAUAAUAACGGUUGGCAUAAUAAGAGAUCGAAAUUUAUUUUUUAUCAACUAUCAACUGAUAGUUGACAAUCGUUAUAGGGGUGAAUGAUUUGUGUUUUGUCGCAAACUAAACGGUUGAGCCAAAUCAGUGUGCGCGGACUUUCAACUUUUUUUUUUUAUAAUGGACGAGCAAUCAGCUCGUCCAUUAUAAAGCUACCCUUAUAAUGUUAUAACAUAGUGCGAGCAGCAGGAAAAUUUAGAGAGGAUUUAGGAGGAGAAACCGAUGAACAUUGAUUUUGAAUGCAUUUUGAUUAUAAUGGGUUGGAAAUAUCGAGUUUGGUAAAGUAUUCCACAUACGUGUUGUCCGGCUAAAGAAAGAAUCCCUAUAUCUUACCGUUCGUCCCAAGUUAGGCUCCAGAGUGAACUGAUGAGCAUUCACGGCUUGGCGUGAAUCAAGGGAACAUUAAUAUAUGAGAAUUAAAUUAUAUAGAUGUUGUAUAUGAUGUGUUGUUUUAUUUCGUUGAUUGCUAGUGAAGUGUUUCAUGUGUGCUGCUCGUUAAACUGAUGAUGAAACUAUUUGGUUUCGAAAAAAUUGCAAAUGCGUGGCUAGCCUAAGUCUAUAUAGUACUCAACGACACUUACUAAAUUAAAAUUAAAUAAGAAUAAUCGAGGUAAAUGAGAAAAAUUUAAUUUAAUAGUUCCGCGUUUCAAUGAACCGAAAAGUCGUUUCCGUUGGUUUAAGCAUAGGGCAGUUUUAUAAUGCCGGGGAAAACGGGAAUAACGUAGUUUCACCACUGAAGUUUUUUUUUGAAAAACUUUGUAAGUUUCGAUUUUAGCUGCACAAUAUGCCCACGGCUUAAGUCGACUAGGAUUCUUUUAUGGGGAUUGUCACUUGAGUCGCCUGCGGCUUACAUUCACACUAGUGAACAUACGCCGAAUAGCUUCGCCGCACCGCAAAAAUCGGCUAGUGAAAAGUCAGCAUUACUCCACUGCUAUUUCGGUGAUGCUCGACAAUAAUGUACUUUAAUAAAGACCUUUGGGAAUAUCAAGGCAUGACCAGAGAAUUUAAGAGUUUCGGAUUGUUUUCCCUUCAUGCAUGUAGCUUCCACAGCUUAUCACGGAAUGAUCCCAUGAAAAAUAGAAAAAUAUCAUUCAGAUGUUUACACAUUUAAAUUCUGCU